UUUAGUAAAGAAUUCGAUAAAAGAAAGAAGAAAAUAAGGGCUAGAUUUUCCAUUCAAUUCAACCAACAGGAAGAAAUGGAUGUGCAAUUUGAAAAUUUCCCAAAAUGGCUCGACUCCUUCUUGCAAAGGACCUUUUUUGGAUCUUGCUUGAACCAUGAGCUGCAAAAGAAUGAAUUGAAUAGGUACUGCAUCACUUGUGAUCUAGAUGCUUGCAGGUAUUGUAUCUCAUCUGGUCUACAUAACGAACACACGCUACUCAAAAUACAUCGGCAUGUCUACAAAGAUGUUGUCCCCUUGGAUGAGAUGGAGACUCAUAUGGAUUGCACCAAGAUCCAGCCAUACAAAUGCAACAAAAAAUGGGUUGUUGCUUUGAAUCCUCUUCCGCACUGUGGUUCAGGUGCACAAAUUGAGGGAGAUGUAUCAUGUGAUGUGUGUAAGAGAAGAUUGAAUGACCCUGAUCAGUAUCGCUAUUGUUGUAUUGCCUGUAAGGUGGAAGCAUUUUCAAGGAAGAGAAAAGAGAUGGAGGGUUCAUCACUAGAGUGUACAAUUGUUGAAAGGCCAAAGCGCAGAAGAAAGGGAGUCCCUCAAAGAGCUCAUUUUUAUUAGGUCUGGACUGCAUGUACCAUCUACUGAUUCAUGCUUUAGACAUAAUAUCUACCAAUCCAAUUCAACAUUACUGUUGCCUUGUGAGCUUCAAUUUUCACCAGCAUAA